CGACGUUAUGAUAGUCCCCUUACAAGGAAGAUUGAGGCUAUCAACGAGUUGGCUAUGCAAAAAGAGAUGUCGAUGGAGACUUCUGGCGUCAAGCCAAAUAAGAAGUGUUUUAAGAUUGGUGACUUGGUUAGACGGUCUAAUAAGGAGGUUAAAGAUAACUCAGUCUAUGAAGUGAUGAGCUGCGGUCGCCACAGUGUGAGUAUUCGCCGUCAAGGUGAUGUAAAUAGUUUGCCCGUGAAGGAGCAUGUUAGGAAUCUUGUACUUGCUCAAGUUGAGAAUCAACUGGGGGAGAUGUGA